ACUCGAAAGUUCCAGCGUGCGAACUUAAAACAAAACGAAUAAAAAAAAAUUCAAUGAAACUUUAUCUCGUGUACAUCGAAAUCAUUUUUGGCGUAACACAAUAGCCGAAAGCUACAAACUGUAAUACAUUUUUAUACUACAUUACGGUAUUUGCAGUUUUCAUUUGGAACUUAAACAACUUAGUAACAGUUAUACGAUUUUACUGUUGUUCAAUACAAUGUCGGCGAAACCUUUAAUUUUCUUAUUAUUAGUGAUAUGGAAAUGUCAAAUUACUAACACUAUGCCAGUACCCAAAGAAUUUAUUAAAAAAGGACAUAUGGCACUUCAAGGCUGCAUCAAGACGGGAGUAAAUGGAGAUAAACUAAUCAACAUGCUUAAAUGCAUACCAGCAAAUGAAGAAAAAUUGGAAAAAGCUGCAAAUGCUUAUAAAACUUACCCACGUUUCACCGGAAAGAUUAAUGAAAGAUUUGCCGCCAACAUUUGUAGAACUGCCUUAAGUAAUGAAGAAACCAAACAAAACUUCCCAAGUCAGGAGAAAUGCAUGGAGCAAAUGAAAUUGUGUGCACUUAUGUAUAAAGAGGCUGUAUGCCAACCUCCAACUAAUGAACCUCAACCUCAAAUAUAG